AUGUCCGGUCAAUCGAAGCUCUCCCCCUGGCAGAGCGCCGUCGCAGGGGCCACUGGAGCCGUUGUUGCAAAUGCCCUCGUAUACCCCUUAGAUAUCGUGAAGACUCGGCUACAAGUUCAGGUCAAGUCCCAGAAACUACCGAGAGGUGACUUCUCCGAUGGCACGGUGCAUUACGAUUCUACAAUUGAUGCAAUCAAGAAGAUCCUUGCCGAUGAAGGCCUCUCUGGGCUAUACUCCGGCAUAAAUGGCUCUCUUAUCGGAGUCGCAUCGACGAACUUCGCAUACUUCUAUUGGUAUUCUACUGUCCGAACCCUAUAUAUGAAAUCACGACCGAACCAAAAACUCGGUACCGCUGCUGAGCUAGCUCUGGGCGCCGUUGCUGGAGCUAUUGCUCAGGUUUUCACAAUCCCUGUUGCGGUUAUCACAACGAGGCAGCAAACACAGCCGAAGGGGGAGAAAAAGGGACUUAUUGAUACGGGGAAAGAGGUCGUCAAUAGCGAGGAUGGAUGGAGUGGUCUAUGGAGAGGUCUUAAGGCCAGUCUUGUUCUGGUAGUCAACCCGGCUAUUACGUACGGUGCCUAUCAACGCCUUAGAGAGAUCAUAUACCCAGGCAAGAAUAAUCUGCGGCCUAUGGAAGCAUUCUUGUUGGGCGCCAUGUCCAAGAGUUUGGCUACAAUCAUCACCCAGCCGCUGAUUGUAGCCAAGGUUGGUCUACAGUCUCGCCCACCGGCAUCCAGAAAAGGAAGACCUUUUAAGAGUUUUGUUGAAGUGAUGAGUUACAUCGUCGAGCAUGAAGGUACCCUAGGUCUUUUCAAAGGAAUCGGCCCCCAGAUUAUGAAAGGCCUAUUGGUUCAAGGCCUUCUAAUGAUGACCAAGGAGAGGAUCGAACUGCUCUUUGUUCUACUCUUCGCCUACCUGCGAACCCUGAAGAAGGAGAAACUCCAGAAAGUCGCUGAUGCUGCUGCUGCUAAAGCAAAGCAAUCAAUGCCAGCGACCCUAAAAUAG